UCUUAGGUCAAAGUACUCUACAAUCUAGCUAGUAGAAUAAUAACAGUGAAAUCUUUCGUAAAUUAAUUCUAUUUACGUACACUUGUUAAAAAUUACAGUUUAUUCACCUGCAUGAGCCAGUUUGUUACAAUUCAUUGAAACCACAUAGGAAUUCAAGAUUGACCUAAUAGGAAUCGAUCCCGGGACUCCUAGAGUCACGGUGCCAUCACGCAACACGCAACCAACUUAGUAGUAUAAAGAACAGACACAACUCACAAUGAAGACCAUAUUGUACAAGACUGAUCAGAGCCCUCCAGCCAGAGCUGUGAAGAUGCUCGUUCAUAUCUUGGGACUAGAUAUAGAGCAAAGGGACCUCAACCCAAUCUUGAGAGAGCAAGAUACGCCGGAGUUGAGAAAGAAAAAUCCUAUGCGGACUGUACCAUUCAUAGAUGAAGGAGAUUUCGCUCUGAGUGACAGCCAUGCAAUCGUAAUUUAUUUGCUGGACAAAUAUGGCGGGCCGGAGCACGAAUAUCUCUAUCCUAAAGAUAGAAGAAAACGGGCGACUGUCCAUCAGAGGCUAUUUUUCAACUGUGGCGUUUUGUUUCAACGGCUUAGAACUGUGAUGGUGCCAACAUACAUGGGCCAAAUGUCAGAGAUGCCCAAAGAAGCGGUGUGGGGAAUCAAGAACGCCUACUCCACCACGGAAGAGUAUCUCUCCCAGACUACCUACCUUGCCGAUGACGUCAUGACAGUAGCUGACAUCUGCGCAUUCUCUACGCUAUCUUCGCUGGAUGGGCUGGUGCCGGUUGAUGGGAAGAAGUACGCGAAACUGAAGCAAUGGCUAAAAAUAAUGUAUGCUAAAGACUUCAGCAAAAUUGCGAACGAACCAGGGUGUAACGACUACGUGGCCUACCUUAAAAUACUAAUGGAUCACAACAGACAGAACCAAAAAUCAAAGCUAUAGGAUUGUCGUAAAAUUAUUUAAUAUCGAAUUAACUUUAAUGUACACGGCAAUAUAUUACAAGGACUACCAAAGUAUUCAAAACGGUGACAGAUAUAUUUUUAUACUACUAGCAUACUAUGUACUCGGUAAAUGAAUAAACAUGCGCCGGGUUAGAGGGAAAACCUAUCAAUUUUCUGUAUUUUAUUUUAAAAUAUACCAUUCAACUCUGCAUUUGAUUUCAUAUCUAAAGUCCGGUCGCCGAGCAGAUAGAAUUUCGUCCAAUGACCAUAAGCUAAUAACGAUGGGUAGCUUGGGGUCAUUGGACGAAAUUCUAUGUGCUCGGCGACCGAACUAUAGUGAUAGUAAAAUCAACAGAUUUGUUUGGCCUAAAUAAUCGAUUUUGCCUCUAACCCGGCGCGAUACUGUAAAUAUUACACGACGAUAUUGAGGAGAUUAAAAGACGGCAAAUAAGAAUCA